CGGAGUCUGGUGCUGGGGCGCGCUCCGGCAGUACACCCAGCGGAGGUUUCACAGGGCAGGGGGGCGCGCGCGGGCCGGAGGUACACGGAGCAGAGGGCUCGCGCAGUGUGACGGCGGAUCUCAGUGCUGGCCUCGCUCUAGCUCGCCGCACGCACCCACUGCCGCCGGAGAGCGGAGCGCGUCUCUACUACUACUACUACUACUACUACUACCACCUGCAGGCUGAGCAGGACAGCUUGCCUUUCACACACACAGGACUCCCCGCUGGCCGUGCCCCGCUCCCACAUCCCUCCAUGCUGACCGUGAAGAAGAUAGAGAGCGGCGGGGGGGCUGAAAAUGGCACCGAGCCCCUACCCCCGGCCUCCUCCUCGUCUUCCUCAUCAUCAUCAUCUUCCUCCUCAUCCUCCGGGAUCAUGGCCUCGCCGGACACCGGGGCCGCCCUGGAGAGGACCCCACGGAAGAAAGAGAGGGCUUCCCCGGGGGCCGAGCACGGGCCGUCCACAGGGCCGAGCAUCAUGGCGGGGGCGGAUGGGGGGCAACCGGAGACCCCCGAGGGCCGGAGGACCAGCAGGAGAAAGAGAGCCAAGGUAACUAGCACGGGCACCCCGGGGGAGGGAGGGAGGGGGGAGAGAGAGGAUUGCUGUAUACUAAGAAUUGUAUUAUUGCUGUAUACUAUAAUCUGCACACGAUGCUUUGUAGCAUUGACUGCUUUCUGUAUACUCUGUGCAGUGCACACAGCCUGGCUAUAGAGGGGGCCACACGCCUGCUGUGUACAUAUCGCUGAGCACGUAGCCUCUAUACAAAGGAUGUACGUGCUGUAUACUCGGUGCAGUGCCCAUGAUAAUCCUGUACAGACUCGCAUGCUGUAUAUACACAGUGCUGUGUACACUGAGCGUUCCAUGCCUGCGGAUUCCUAUAUCCCAGCAUGUGAACCUCCAAUAAAAAAAGGCUUUUUAAUGCCUGUGCUAUAACCAGUGCUGUGCCAACAUGGGGAUUACCAAAUAUGAAAUUCCUCAUGCAUUUUGUGUUGGCGAGUAUACAUAGGAUUACAAGCUUUUUUUAUUUUUUAUUAGUGUAUAUGUCGCUUUGUCUGAAGUAUAACCAGGGCUGUGCAAAUCAGAGACGUGUACACUGUACAAUACCCAGCCGUGUGUAUUCAGCAUAGUUUAUCCCAAUCUGUAUACUGUUCAUUUAGAGUACUGUGAUUGCAGUAUAAGAUUAAACAUUGUGUUGUGUUCCUAUGCAAUCCUAACUGGAAACUGAUCAUUGUACUGUGAUCAAAAAUAUUUAGUAUAUUUGUGUCUAUGUAGUACACAUUUUAUUUCCUUUUCAUUCAUUGUAUGGCUGUGGACAGCACUGAACAUAUUGGUGAUUAAACAUUCAUUUUUAGAAUAUAUAUUAUUUUUUUUCCUUGUGCACGUCUUGCAUGUGUGUAGUGCCACCUUUUGUGUAUAGGGAUAGAUUCAGUAACAUGCUCAGUACUUGGUAUUCUAACUGCAUACCAACCUGUGUGAGCUUUUUGGUUUUCCUUCUAAAGCACUACUUCUAUAUUGAAGUGUUUGUAUUGCUUGUUAUAAUUUGUAUCUGUGCUAUGUUGUGUAUUUUGAGACUAAACCUCUCCUAUAUAUGUCCUGUAUAGUUGAUCUCCGGUGGUCAACUUUUAGUUGACUUUUUUUUUUUUUUUUUAAUUCUUGAUGGGGGAUCUGUUAUCCCACACUGUGAUGCUUAUGGGUUUUUUUGUUUUGUUUUAAUAGUGACAGACUGAACUAGUUGCACUAAGUCCUGUUGUGUUAAAUGGAAACACUGGUAUUAUUGUAGCAUGGAUAAUUGGCUGCUGAUUGCCUGUACCCCAUAUCUAGUGUCAGAAACAACCUUAGUCUUGAUACAUUUCCUCAAUGAAACAUCUUGGGCCAUGUCCAUUGUCCCUAAAUAAUUUUUAUUUUAUACUAACUUUUGUGAAAUACCAGCAGUAUGGCAAGCUGAACUGGUCUACAAAACAACUUUUUUUUUUUUUUUCAGUGGGUGAGUUGUGUUUUGAGUACACACUGGAAGUUGGUGUGCACUAAAAGUAAUGCCAUCUACUCACAGCACUGAUAGUUUUCUUUUGCCCAAACUUCAUCUUCUGGUAAACUUCUUUUUGCCUUUUUCUUUGUCCAUUCUACCAAUGUUUGCAAACCCCCAUGACACAGGCGCCAUAAUAAUCAUAAUCAUUAAUAAUACAAGAUAAAUCCUAUACUCUCUCUAAAGAUCAGUCUUAUAAGCACUGGUAACUUGGGCCUUGCACAGCAGAAAUGUUUUUUUUUUUUUUUUAUAUUCUAUUAUGGACCAUCUGCUGCUGCUGUUCCAGCAAACAAAGAGACUAUUACAUUGAGGCCAAAUUCUAACAAAAGCCUGUGCAGACUGAAUUGGACUAGGCAUGGCAUGAUCUUCGAAUGUUCAUGUAAGAUGUGUUGCUGGUGGAAAUGGCAGUGCUAAACAAUACUAAAAUGUUCUCUACUUCGAAUACCUACAACAAUAAGAUAUAGGAACCAGUAUUUUAGAUAACAAAUUCCCUGCAACAUGGCUUAUGCUCUCUCACAUGUUUAAUAGAAUAUGGUGAUGGUUUUAAUUAAAGGGAUUUGUGUUUUUGUUUUUUUUACUUUAAAUGUGACUAUUAUGAAUACACCUGAUGUAUAUAUUUUUAUUCUUUUUGACAAGGGUGUGUGUUUUGUAAUUCCCUUUUUUUUUUUAUAAAUAAUUGUGUUUAACCAACGUAUUUAGUGUCCCUUGUGCGCGGUUUAAUAAAUCAUGCUGUAGCUGGCAGACCCCUCUCACACCUGGGUAUGAUGUUCGUCAGGAGUGUCUCAUUCUGAUCAAUGGGGAAUGAUUUAAUUCUAGAAUUCUCUCCAUCAUGGGUUUAUGGGACAGAUGCUCUAUCCACUUGUUACAUAAAAUGAUUGGAACUGUAUUUAAAAUUGAUGGCAGCUAUCCCUUUUAUACAGCCUAGUUUGUUGUGGACCAUGCAUGCUCCUGGAAGAAGCAAACCUUCUCUAGUAUGUGUAGUGUGUUAUGCACAAUAUGGACUGGGUUCUGACCAGCAGUAAUAGUGCUUAUGGUGCUUUGACUCGCCUUGUAAAGGGACAGUCUAAACCCCAAAAUAACCUAAUGUUAAAAUGAUCUUGCCCUCUUGCAGAGGUGCAAAUGAAAACAUUGUUUCUAGAACUCUUCAGAUUUUGCCAUUUCCACACAUCUUACGGCUGUGGAAUAGUUACGUGGGGCUUCCAACAGAAUGUUAAGUAAAUCUUUUAGUAGGUCUGCAAAGCUUGCUGCUAAGUGUGCAUUCAUUACUUCUCAUAGAGAUGAACCACACUGGCAGAUGGUGGCAUUUGCUGUACAUGCACUGUUUCCAUGCUUAUCUAUGAGCAGCAUAUUAUUGGACAAGUCUUGUUGCAGUGAGUCUAUUGUGGCAAAUCCACCGCCUUUAAUCCCUUAAGGACCAAACUUCUGGAAUAAAAGGGAAUCAUGACAUGUCACACAUGUCAUGUGUCCUUAAGGGGUUAAACAGUAUUGCCUUUUCCCACACAGUUAAGUUUUGUUGUGUAACUAUUUGCAGAGUUUGAAUGUGGCAGCAGUCAGUAGCCUACACCCAUAGAUAACUAGUAUCUGGUUUUCUCUCGCCUACAAAUCCCAAAAAGCCUGCCUGCACUUUGUAUAGGCCGAUUUUGUAGAAUUGUGUGCCGCUUCAAUCUGCUUUCUACUUAUGAAAGUUGCUUGUAUGUGCAUUAAUGUGUGAUGGUAUCUCUCAAAACCAAAUGGAACCAUCAGUAAAGCUAAUACCAGCCAAGUGAAGCUGAUAUAACCCCAGGCAACAAUGCUUUAAUGUGUCCUUGCACUGCGUGGUUGUGUUGUGUUGUUUUUUUUUUGUUUUUGUUUUUUUUUUUGGAUUCUGAAUUUGCUGUAUUACUUACCCUUUCAGUGCCAGGGCAUCAUUCAAAAUAUAGAAGCCCUUUGAGACCUGGACACUUUGAGCAAUUUAAAAAAAAUGUUUUUUAAUAUUUAUUGGAAGAAGAAAAAAAAAACCUGAAACAAUCCCAAAAUAAACUGUUAUACCAUGUAGCCGUUCGAUACAUACCUGGAUUUAUUGUGCCAAACAAAGGGAGACUGUACACAAAUGCUUAGAGUUCCAUUUCGUUAUGUGAAAUGUGUCCAAGAAAACAUGACAGAUUAACAAUCAUUGACCACAGUUUGUCAGAUAUGGCAAUGCUUUCUCUAUACAUGUGAAUUUUCAGUGCCCAUCUCUGUGAUAUCGACACUUAAAAAUGUGUACCAUGUAAUCUAACUGUAUUAUGCAGAUUUGAAGCAAAACUAGCAAGGUGGUGGGGUGGGUGUUUAUCUCGUAUGAAAAGGCUUUGGCAGAAUUACUUAAAUGUUUUGUAUGGUUGUCCAUUACUUCCUGGUUUCCUGCUCUUUCACUGACAUUUCCUGCAGACUUCAUCAUACAUGGCACUUUCACACUCCGGCUCCACACCCGUAGUACUUAACACCGUACUUGCACACCCCAAUAUAUUUAUCUAUGUCAGGAAAAUAUCCAACGUAAAGCCACAUUUUCAGAGAACAGAGAAUGGGAAACCAUAUUUUGUAUAACUAGAAACUAAAGUACAGUGAUACUAUUGUGGGCUGUAUACUGAUAGCUAUUUGCUUCUGCUUAUUAAGAUCUAAAAUUAGGAGUUACACAUUUUAUGUGACAGUAAAACCACCUCUGUCAUAUAUGCUGAAGUUAUUCACCAUGUCCAGCUUCCUAUAUAUCUUAGAUUCUCAUGAAGCCUGGUGUUAAUGGGGUAGGAAACAGAAGUGGCUUCUAGGAGACUUUGAGAUGGUCUAAUCUAAUAUCUGCAUCUGUGCAUAAUGUUUUAAAGGAACAUUCUUAAAAGAAGGAGGCAUGUAUGUAAUAAAAAAAUGUUAACAUCGUGUAGUAUAGGAAGACUGUACUCCUGUAAAGUCAUCAAGCUUGUUGACUUUUGGCCGAUGAAAUGUUUCCCACCAAAAAGCAUUUUGGACAUGCGAGACAAUUGCAGAUAUUCACCAGACAAAAGCCUUGAAUCCAUACCUUGCAUGCUGACGUACAGAUGUUAAAUGAAAUCUGUCUUAAUCAGAACACUCUUUGGGGUUCUGAGUGCCCUUAAGGAUUACAAUAAGAAAAGUGUGCCGGCACUGGUGUUCUGUGUGGGUCAUUUCUUUAAAAAAAAUCCAUGGCAGGUUCUAUUAAGAUAAAGUGACCUUGAGCUCGGACGGUCUAUUUAAAGAUGGGAUCUUAAACUAUUUACCUGAGGUCCAUUGGCCACAACAUCUUCUCACUGCUUGACCCCUCACAGAGAUCCAAGUAGCGACAUACGCACAUUGGCUAGUGCACACUAGACCCUCUGAGUCUUGUUACGAUAAAGUGCUCUUGGCCGUGCUACCUUAGCUUGAAGGCGGACAGUAGCUCAAUUCCUAGACUGUAUGGUUUGACACCAGACAAUCUGUUAACGUCAUAGCUAGCAGCAUCCCUCUCAUGACAAGGGUUACAAGAAGGCUGUUAGUGGUCCACACAUGGCAGUUAGGUUGGUAGUUUGAGACCCCCCGCAUUAAAUGGACACUACAGGAGUCGAUCAUAGCUCUUCAACUUUAUGGUUAACUGCAUGUCUUGCAGACUUAUUUUGGAAAAAGUAAAAGUGCCUAUUUCAAGAGAAAUAUUCCUUUUUUUUUUUUAAAUCAUUUAAACUGGGUUUUGCAUUGCAUGUGAAAGUUAGUUCAGCUAUAUUGGUGGGAAUGGCAAGAUGUGGCAGUGGGAACUUUUGUUGAAAAAAAAAAGCAGAAUGGAACUAAAGUAUUUGAGGUAAAGUAGUCUCCAGUUCAGAUCACAAAGUGGUUCCUGCUCAGAUGAAACACAUUAUUUUGAUGUGUUCUGAGCAGGGACUACUUUGUAUGUCUUGUCGAAUAUACCUAUUCUAUAAUUAAGUACUGCAAAUAAUGUUGGCGCUAUAUAAAUCCUGUGAGACCUGCAGUUGUGAUAUCGACACUUAAAAAUGUAUAUACUUGCAUGAUUUCACACUGCCCAGAUGGACAUUGUUAAAUAAAUGUGCAUAAUGCACUUUGGAAAUACAUUUUAGAAUCCUUACUGAACUUAAACUCAUUAACACUUUUUAAAGUGUAAUUUCUGAAAUGUAUCUAAGAAUUGUCUUGGCAUAAUUGGUGCCUUUUACAUUUGGCUAGUUUGGUUUUCAUGAUGUGUUCUAUAGCCACCGCUCCCUCCCAAAUCCACUUACCUCUUUUUGACAUUCUAAUAAGGCUGUUUGGUUAAGACAUUAUUAAGCAUAUAUUUUAAUGUAAGGUUUUGUUUAUUCCAUUGUUUUUGAACAAUGUUAAUUUUGACUGUAUUUGUUUAAUUAUAUCUAACACAAACUGCCAAAAUUGGCAUUCAGUGUGGUGCCGGUUAUUAACGUUGCUCUAAAGUGGAACACACAUAAAAAAGCAAAACCUUACAUUUAAAUGUAUUUGUUUUAAUAAUAAUUUUUCUAAUAAUUUGAAGGUUUUGUCUGGCAUUACUUUGGAACCAUGUUAAUAACGCAACACAUUUGAUGUUAAUUUUGCUGAAGUUGUGCAAUGGAGUUCAACAACCGAACAUUAGAUGCUGCUUGGGGCAAUCUUCGCUAAGCCACUAUCUAAAGUGGGCAAAAUGUCCUCUUUAUCUGGGUGGGAGACUAAUUCUACACGUGAAGUGUGUGUGUUUUCGGAAAACUGCCAAUUUUUACAUUCUUAAAUCUCACUAGUGUUUGGUUGCGUACAGCGCAGUAAAUGUGACAGUGCUUAUUGGUAAGAGAGAACAAGGAACUGCCUCUUCCCAGAGAAGUAGCCAUUCCUCUUUAAGUGGUGCAUAUGAGAAUUUUUGUCAAACCUUUGGAGUAACUGCAUCUCAAUUUUAGAGAACAAUAGUCUAUAUGGUAAUGAUGCUCCCUAUUGUCUCUUCCUGGUGUGGGAGUGGUCUGCCUGUAGCUGCAGACACGCUCUUUAAACAGUGCAUCCAACAGAUCUUUGAGGUGAAAAUUAGUUUUGUGUAUGUGAAAACAUAAUUCUAUAUUGUAACAGCAAAAAUACAAGCGAAUGCAUAGAGUAAAACAUAAUCCUCUGAAGACUGUGUGUGCCAUUUUUAUAGUGUCCUGGACUGUGGGGACUGCCAACAAAGUGUACUGAUGGUUACAUUUACUACAUGUAACUGACAGUUUUAUCUCUCAUUGUAUAUUGUUACACAACAGCACUCUAUAUAAAUUGUUGGGGUGGGGCAAACUAGACAUGCAAUGUGUAAUACCAAUGCUAUUCAGAUAUUUAGAAAGGAUGCAUCUUUAAAGGGGGGAUGGAGUGUUUGUGAUGUUGUUUUUGUUUGUUUUUUCACUUUCUCAUUCUAAAGGUUUCCAAAUUUCAGGUGGAAUAUCGGGAAAUGGAUGAAAGUCUUGCAAAUCUUUCUGAAGACGAAUAUUACUCAGAAGAAGAGCGAAAUGCAAAAGCAGAGCGAGAGAAAAAAGUGCCACCACCUCCUCCACAAGCCGUCCCUGAGGAAGAGAUUGACAGUGAGCCGGAAGAGCCCUCUGGUGGGUUACCUGCCUUAAACCUGCUUUUAAAAAAAAAUUUAAUGUAACUGUUGCAUACUAAUGAUUAUAUCAUUUUUAAUUAUUAAUAUAACUUAUGUAGUUUUUUUUUUUUUUUUAUUCCACCCUCUACUAGGUGUUGAGGGUGCCGCUUUCCAGAGCAGACUUCCCCAUGAUAGAAUGACUUCCCAAGAAGCAGCUUGCUUUCCAGACAUUAUCAGUGGCCCCCAGCCAACCCAGAAGGUUUUCCUUUACAUCCGAAACCGCACUGUAAGUACAAUAGCUUUUCAUUCUGUCUGUACAACAUGCAUUAAAUGCCCAAUCUAUACUGUAUCUCCUAUUAAAGGACAACUCUCAUUUCAACACUUUAAUCAUUCUUUCAUCAAGUUUUGAGGAAACCGAUUCUGCGUUAAAUUAAGUUUAUUUAAGGAAAUGAGAAAUGCUCAUCCCUACUUUAGUAUAUAGUAUUUUAGUAUCUAGUUUAGUAAAGUAAAACCUCUAUAUAGUCUCUAUUGUCUCACUGCUUCACUCCCUUCACAGUGCACUGACAUUAUCAGAUCAACUAACUGUUGAUUCAAACACUGUUUGACCCAAGGUGCAUGCACAUGGCUGAAAGAUCCUGUCAUUUACUAAAGGUAGGGAUGAGUCCCCACAUAUAUUUCAUUUAACUAAGAAUCCAUUUCAGAUUUUGAUAAAUGAAUCAUUAUAUUAAAAUUAAUAAAUACAUUAUUUUAAAUAGUUCUAUGUGUGCUAGGAGGCUAUGGAUGUAAUCUCUCUAUUUUGUCAAAUUGUGCUAGUGCUUUGCUAGAAAGAGAGGUUCCCCAGUGCAGCUUCAUUAUUCAUUCAAGUGUCUUUGGGGUCCUUCUAAAAGGUUUGGCUAACUUGUGCCAUCGCAGAGAGCGAAUCAUAUCCAGUCCAUAUCACACUGAUCCCACCCACCUGUUCAGUCCAGAUCUGAAAUCCUGGCCAGUUGGCUCUGCUGAAGUGGUACAGCAAUCGUUUCAACCUACAAUGUGGCGUCUGGAGCUCACAGUGCCUAGAUGCCAAUCAUCUACACGACUGAUGAAGCUUAAAGUAGGCCAAAACAAUUGUAUGGGGUUGCUGGAUCUCUAAUGAAAGCCUACCAGCCUUUCGUAUAUGGAUUGCCCUUGUUGGUGGGAUUUGUCUCAUAUGCCAAAGGCUAAAGAACUCUCUUUAAUGGCACAUGUGCACGAAUGCCUCAUUUGAGACCUGAGCUGGCACUAAAUGAAGGACAAGUAAUUUAUUUUAUUUUUUUUAACAACAAAUGUAUAUUUUUCUUAAUAGUUGCAGUUGUGGUUGGAUAACCCAAAAGUUCAGUUGACAUUUGAGGCAACGCUUCAGCAAUUAGAAGCUCCUUAUAAUAGUAAGUGAUGUAUUUUGCAUUUUCUCUCUCACUAGCUCAUAUGGGAUUUAUUUAUAAAAUAUUUUACCAGAGAGGAUACAUUGAGAUGUUGCACAUUUCUAAUUGAGGUAAAAAAAGAAACCUAGAGUAACAGCUAAAGGCACACUAUAGGCACCCACACCACUUCAUGUCAUUGAAGUGGUCUGAGUGCAGUGUCCCAUGUACCUUAACCCUGCAGUGUAAAACAUUGCAUUCUUGGAGGAACUGCAAUGUUAACAUUUUAGUGUUCAGACUGCCUCUUGUGGCUGUCUAUCAUGAAACGAUGUCCUCACACUUUGCAGGAGGACGUACAGCGUCUUGCAAGUCCCCAUAAGAAAGCGGUUCUGUAUGGGAAAACUUGUCCAAAAUUCCUCCUGAGAGUUGAGCAGGUCUACUCCGCUGCUUCUGGAUUAAAUAGCUAGUUGAUCAUCCAAGUGUUCACUUGCUUUUUCAAAGUUUCUUGGGAUAUGUUCAAAAAAGAUUACAAUUGUACAAUUCUAAUUUCUGUUGGGUCUAUACUGGUGACUUUGACAAUUAAAUUACAUUUUAUGACCAAUUAAUUAGGAAAAUUAUUAUUAAAGGGCCACUAUAGGCACCCAGACCACUUCAGCUUAAGCCAGGUCCAUCUAGGGUUAAUACUGCCUCUAAUGGCUGUCUCACUGACAGCCGCUAGAGGCGCUUCCGUGCUUCUCACUGUGAUUUUCACAGUGAGAAGACGCCAGCAUCCAUAGGAAAGCAUUGAGAAUGCUUUCCUAUGGACGGAUUGACUGAGCACGCGUCACUUGCCGCGCAUGCGCAUUCAGCCAAUAACGUCGGAAAAGAAGGCGUCCCCGGCGCUGGAGAAAGGUAAGUGUUUAACCCCUUCCUCUCCCUAGAGCCCGGCGGGAGUGGGACCCUGAGGGUGGGGGGAACCUAUUAACACUAUAGUGCCAGGAAAAAGUUUGUUUUCCUGGCACUAUAGUGGUCCUUAAAAAAAACAAAAAAAAAACAGUUUGUGAGUGUAAUGAAAGUGUUUUUGGUUUUACUUAUAGACCUUCCUUUUUGUAGGUGAUUCUGUGCUGGUUCACAGAAUACAUUGCUACCUUGAACGGCACGGUUUAAUAAACUUUGGAGUCUACAAAAGGUUGAAACCCUUACCAAGUAAGUUUAGAAUCUUGUGUGUGUGUGGUUAUAAUGUGUAUAUAUCUUUAAUUAUAAAUGAACAUGGUAAGAUGCUUGCAUUGUUCGAAAAAAAACAAAUAGCUAAUAUGUGCAAUUGUUUACAUUAUUUAUUUUUAGCCAAGAAAACUGGGAAAGUGAUAAUUAUUGGUUCUGGGGUGUCUGGUUUGGCUGCUGCCCGACAGCUACAAAGUUUUGGCAUGGAUGUUACCCUCUUGGAGGCCAGAGUAAGUUAAUUUUAAAUUUAAUGUAUUUUUAAUCUAUAUAGUAGGUUAGUGUACAAAUGUACUCCCACACAGACUGUAUAUAUUUUCUCUUUUUAAGGUCUGUCUGUUUUUGUUUAAAAUAGGAUCGUGUGGGGGGAAGAGUUGCUACUUUCCGUAAAGGAAAUUAUGUGGCAGAUUUAGGCGCUAUGGUGGUUACUGGACUUGGUAAGUACAAUAUGCAUAUUUUGAAUUAAUAUUCUUGAAACAAAGCCUUUUGCAGCAUUGUAUGAUAUUGCCAUUUCAAAUAAUGAGUGAUCCUCUUUUGUUGCUGUCAGUAACUCUGAACUUGUAGCAGGAAGUGUUUGUUUUUUCGUUUUUGUGUGGUGUUUUUUGUUUUUUUGCAAUAAACAGUGUGUGUUAACUAAACUUUGAUUUUGCCAUCUGUUUUAAGGAAUUUAGACCAAGCCCUGAAUGCAUAUACAUAUCAAUUUUAUAAAAGUCUAAGCAAGUAGAGAAUAGCUGCCCUUUGAUAAGCAUUUGCAAGUACAAAAGAAUACUUUGUAAUACAAGUUAACUGAACAGAUCCAUCCAACUUGAUAUAGAAAAUGGCUACAUAUGCUACAUUGUAUAGGAGCAACCAAUCUGCUGGGAACACAAUAGUCAGUCCGUGAAGACAAAAAAAUAUUGGCACAUAAUUCCACCUGAUUUAAAAUCACCUAAAGAAUAAUGUGCUAAAAUCUCUAUUGACAGAAUAGAAUUGAUCUAAUCCUUGUUAAAACGAAGGGGCAAUUUUGUUCUCCGUUCAAGAUACAAAAUACCUUCCGUUUACUACACUACUGUACUCUAAUAACAGAGCAAGAGACAAGACUAAACACUGUGCAAAAAGGAAGUUUAAAAUUGGGUAUCUGUUUGACGGAAGUAUGUACAGAGGCUGUGCAAGUCACAGCCAGGAAAGGGUGUGGCUACAGCUGCAUACACAGUGUUUUAACUCUAAAGUUGCUCAUAAUUGAGCAGUGAGCCUGCAGUGGGUAUACCACAAAAUCAGUCUUUUUGAUCAAUUACGCAAAGUCUAGGUAAAACUUUAAUUUUGCUUUUUGUUUUAUUGCAUGUUUGGUUUAGCCUUCCCCCCUCCCCCCCUUUAAAAUGAGUUGUGUUAAAGUAGCUUGGUCACCUCCAACUUGCCUUUCUCCUGUUCUUUCCUCUUUCAGAAACUUUUUUUUCUUUUCUUCAUUUCUGUUCGAUUUCUCUAUUAAAAAUAAAGACAAAGUAGGGGCUACUUUGUUUUAUGUAUUUUUCCUACAUGUGGCAAUCUUGACAAAAGUUGCAGCUUUGGGAAGCUAUACUUUUCUUUGUCAGUCUAACAAAGGGUGCAGCUCCACCUUUUGCCAAGAUUGCCAAGUGUAGGAAAAAUCCAUAAGACAAAACAGUUCCUACUUUGUCUAAUGUUUUAAAGAGAACUCGAUCAGAAAAAAACAGGUUCUAAAAGAGGAGAGUAAACAAUAGUAGACCGGUAAGUUUAAGGUGACCAAUCCACUUUAAAGAUCAAGAAUGAUUCCAAAUUUUACUGAUAAAAUGUUUCUAAUUUUGUAUUUAGGUGGUAAUCCAAUGGCUGUAAUAAGUAAACAAGUGAAUAUGGAGCUUGCGAAAAUUAAACAAAAAUGCCCACUUUAUGAAGCUAAUGGACAAGCUGUAAGUUUAUAUUAAGACAAGCUUAUCUGAUAGUGUUUUCACUUCACUGGGACUUCUAAUGAACCUUUGAGCUUCUAAAAAGCCCACCGUGUGUAACACAAAAUUCGAAAUCUUGUGUUUAGAUCAUUAUACUGUGGAUAGAAUAAGGAAUGGAGUCAAUACGGAUAUAUAAUAUUUGAAACCUAGUUUUGAGUUAAAGGUAAAUCCAUUAAUUACAGCACUAGAAAUCACCCAUGACUUGACUUUUUUCUUUUACAUUUUGCAAAUUACCUAACAGUUUAGUUCGGAUGUAGUCGAUACACACAAGUGAAGAGAAGAAACAAACUUGGAAGUUAUGUGUAAUUGUUGCAUUUGCUUUUACAUUUUUGCCACUUUUUUGGUUAUUCCUUUUUCAGACUCCUUUUGUUAAAGGACCACUCUAGGCACCCAGACCACUUCAGCUUAAUGAAGUGGUCUGGGUGCCAGGUACCUCUAGGAUUAACCCUUUUUUUUUUUUUUCUAAACCUAGCAGUUUCAGAGAAACUGUUAUGUUUAUACUGAGGGUUAAUCCAGCCUCCAGAGCCUCUAGUGGCUGUCUCAUUGACAGCCGUUAGAGGCGCUUGCGUGCUUCUCACUGUGAAAAUCACAGUGAGAGCACACAAGCGUCCAUAGGAAAGCAUUGUAAAUGCUUUCCUAUGCGACCGGCUGAAUGCGCGCGCGGCUCCUGCCGCGCAUGCGCAUUCAUCCAAUGACGUCGCGAGCAAUGAGGAGAGGAGGAGUACAGCUCCCCGCCCGGCGCUGGAGAAAGGUAAGUUUUUAACCCCUUCCUCUCUCCAGAGCCCGGCGGGAGGGUGUCCUGAGGGUGGGGGCACCCUCAGGGCACUAUAGUGCCAGGAAAACGAGUAUGUUUUCCUGGCACUAUAGUGGUCCUUUAACUCUGCUAUUGAUUCAUAAAUAAAAAAUAAAGUUACUAGGGAAAAAUACACAUUUCCAAUCUGAAAGUAAUUUUUUAACAAAUAGGAAACUAAUGAAAAAGGCACACUAUUGCACUUAAUAAAAAAAAUAAAAAUCCUGAAAUGUAACAAUUACCUUCAACUCUUUCUCAUCAGGCUGUGCUGAUUUAGCGGAUUUUAGCCCCCACUUGCUUUUCAAUUUUUAAUCAGUCUAAUUGCAUCUUGGAUAGGUUCUCUGAAGUCUCCAUUUAAUGUGUUCCUAUAUUUUACAACGAUGUUUGUGGGUCUUUCCGUCUCUUGUGUCCCAAUUGCUACCACUUUUUUUCACGAUGGCAGGGGGCUUAAAUUUUAUAUUUCUGUUCAAUUUGGAGUUUCAGGUGCCGAAAGAGAAGGACGAGAUGGUUGAACAAGAGUUCAACAGACUUUUGGAAGCUACGUCCUACCUCAGUCAUCAAUUAGAUUUCAAUAUCCUUAAUAAUAAACCUGUGUCGCUUGGACAGGCUUUGGAGGUUGUUAUACAGUAAGUGUCUUAUUUUUGCAUUUUGUCAUUAUUUCUCUGGAAAUUUGCAUUCAUGUGGGAAUUUAAAGUUCCAUUACUAUAUUGAUAAAGCGUGUACAAGAAAGGAAAUGGCAGUGGGUUUUUUUUUUUAAUGCAAUUCUUUAUAUUAAAAAAGCAUUGUAUCAGGAAUGUUUAGGAAAGUAAUUAAAAUGGAGAAAAAUAAUCCAUACCUUUCAGUAUAUGACCACAUCAUUCAGCCACAUACAUACACCUUGGGUCAGUUAGUUGGUCUGAUGUCACGAACUGUGGAGGGAAUGAAACCAGAAAGACUAUAUAGAGGUUUUCAAACACUGUCUGACCCAAGGUUCAUGCAUAUCGCUAAAGGAUCAUGUCUCAUUUCUUUACAUAUACUUCAUUUAACAAUUAAUCUUUCCUCACAAAACGUGAUGAAAGGUUCAUUAUAUUAAAAAGAUAUUGUUGGAAUUGAGCAGGACGGUGAGAGCAAUGGUAGCAUCCCACUAUCUGCCUACUGCUCCACUCCCACAAUACCCUAUAUUGCCAGUGCCACAACUUAUCCUACCAAACCUCCCAAAACACAUUCUCAUUUUCCUUCAUGAGCCUAACCUAGCCACUUUUACCCCCAGCUCCCAUAAUGCUGCCCUUUCCACUUUCAACAACCACUUUCCUGCCCAUUCCAUGCCUCCCGAACUCACACGAUCCACUACUCUAAGACACUGCACUACUCGCACUAUCUCAAUCACCUUUCUUACCACUGUAUAUUCCUCCUUGUGUGUUGCCCCCAUUAUCCAUCUACACCACUAAACACGUUUGACAUUGCCAAGGAUACAAGAAAUGCACCCCUUCAAGCAAACAAUGCCUGUGAUUUGUUAAACCGGUAAUUGUAGAAGAAUAUACCAGGGAAUAUGUAUAUGGCCGUUUAUUUUUUGUUCUUACGAUCUCCAUUAAUUAAAAACAAAAAAGUUGAAAAAAAAUCUUUUUUUUUUUUUAGGCUGCAGGAAAAACACGUGAAAGACGAACAAAUUGAACACUGGAAAAAAAUUGUGAAAACUCAGGAAGAAUUGAAAGAGUUGUUGAAUAAGGUAUGGUCCUACAUGUUGAUUACACAGAUCAGGGACUUAAUGGGAGGGGGAGAGCUUGGCUUGAUCACCAUUUAUACCUGAUGAUUUUAUAAGCCUACUUUGGAAGCUGUUUAAUGGAGCAUUCUCACUCCAUAACAACCUUGUAUCAACUAGUAAAUAAGUGUACUAUUUCAUACAGUGGAUUGCCACUGAUAGGCUGAGAACAUCCCCUAAGGCAAACGCAGGGCCAGAGCAAGUACGCCUGCCACCAUAGGCACAGAUCCAUUGUGCUGCCCACUCGUGAGUUUCAUUGUGCCAAAUGUUUAUUCCCUAAACUCCAAAAGGAAACAUUUUUAAAUGUUCCUGAGGUUAUUGAAAUACAUUUUUAAAUAAAAAUGAAUGUUGGUGAAUGCAGUCUUUCUAUUUUUACACUUAACAGAUGGUUAACCUGAAGGAGAAGAUAAAAGAACUGCAUCAGCAGUACAAGGAGGCGUCUGAGGUGAAACCACCAAGAGACAUAACUGCUGAGUUUUUGGUUAAAAGCAAACACCGGGACCUGACUACCCUUUGUAAGGUAUGAGCACAAUAUGUGAAGGAGCACGGCUAUAUCUUGGCUUUCUGUACUGCACAUUGGUAAUUUACAGGGUUUUUUUUUCGUUUGUCUUUUAGGAGUAUGAUCAGUUGUCAGAGAUUCAGGUAAAGCUGGAGGAGAAAUUGCAAGAACUUGAAGCCAACCCGCCAAGGUAAUUUGUAAUUUAGCAUAUAUACUGUCAUAUGUAGGAUUUGUUAUUUUACAUGUGUAGUUCCUGUCUCUGCCCCCUGAUAUUGGUUUCAUAAUAAUGUCCUAAUAUUACAAAGCAAAUAUUAAGAGCAUAUUUGUGUGAGCCCAUUGUAAAUUUUACACUGACUGCUACACUGGAGUCCUAUGUUAAAGGAGUGUUCUUAUAUUUGUGGGGGAAAACUCCAGAAUUACAACUUAAGUACUGACACUCAUGUAGACACUCUAUUAAAUGUACAAACUUGUAAUGCUGUUGCCUUAAUAACAUAUUUUUUUAUUUUUUUUUUAUUUAAAUAUACAGUGAUGUGUACUUAUCCUCGAGGGACAGACAAAUUCUAGAUUGGCAUUUUGCAAACUUGGAAUUUGCUAAUGCAACACCAUUAUCUACUCUGUCUUUAAAGCACUGGGACCAGGUAAUUAUAUUUACAUCUAAUAUUGACCUUUGCUCUAUUAACUAUGUUUAACCCCUUAAGGACCAAACUUCUGGAAUAAAAUGGAAUCAUGACAUGUCACACAUGUCAUGUGUCCUUAAGGGGUUAAAGGACACUGCACUUUUAACAGCAAAUGCCACACGGAGUACCUCCCUGACAGGCUCUUAGUCUGAGCUGCGGUUAUAAGAUCAGGGGACCAGUUGUAGUGAUAGAAUUGCAUCAGAGUACUGAGCUGUGUAUCACAGAAACACCCUGUUGAACUCUUAGUUUUUUGUAGGUUUGUUGCUUAUACUUACCCUAUAUGCCCAGAAUUUCAACUCUGGGGAAAAUAGUGGGGCAAUUGCCCUUCAAGUUUAGAAUUUAACCAGAUGGGGGGAAAAAAUGGUUUGACAUGAAACACUGCUUCUUUUGUGAAUAACUUUUUUUUAAAGGAGUUGUGAACAAUUUCCCCCCCCCACCUACAGGAUGAUGACUUUGAAUUCACUGGUAGCCAUUUAACAGUCCGUAAUGGUUACUCCUGUGUGCCUGUUGCUCUUGCAGAAGGUUUAGACAUCAAACUGAACACUGCUGUUCGUCAAGUGCGCUACACAGCUUCUGGUAUGUCAAUAUUGUUUGCAGAUAUGAUUUAGUGAAUCUCUGUGGUCUUCCUGCUGUAACAUGGUGACUUUUUUUUAAUCUUAAAACAGGAUGUUUCCCCACACUAGCAGUGGGAGUCUGAAAUACCUCUAACAAGGUUCAGAAGGGGACGCAUACUAUUCGCUAAAAUGUGAUUUGUUUAAAAUGGCAGAAUGAAAAGUAAAAUUUCAGCCUGAAAUUGAGCAGUAAAAUUACAGCUCACGGCUUGAGUUCCCCCUACUUAUUGGUCCUAAAGUUUGAAAUUCACUGACUUGGACUUUCCAACAAGUCAUAUUAUGACCAACCCAGCUUGUGUACAGAUAAACUUUAUACAUUUUUGUAAUGAGCAGAUGCUUUUGUGUAUGUGACUGACACAAAGCUGUAAGUAUUUAACAGUUACUUUAAAAGGUAUGCUAUAAUUGCCACAGCUUGCAGUAGUGGUAAUGGUGCUAGCAUGUACUUAGUGUUUGUCGUCAGUUCUGUCAAGCCAUUUUCUAGUAGUUUGCCACAGAGGGUCCCACGUGUCCAAAUCCAUUGCUUACUAAAACAAACAUACCAUUUUCACAUUGGUAAUGCCAAUUUUGUUUGCAGUUGAUGCAAUAAGCCAUGGGUUAUUCAAUCUUUUGGCACUUAAAAUGUUGAGGGACCACAUCUCCCAUAAUGCUGGUAGAGCAUCAGAUGAGAUGUAGGCCACAACAUAUGGAGUGCCAAAGGUUUGCCUACCCCUGCACUAAGCCAAUUAAUGCAUCCGAAUGUGAUUGGAUUUGAUAUUGCUAAGUGCAGAAGUGUAACUUUGGCAAUGGGAAUAUAUCUUGCAUGUGGGGCUUGGCCAUGGGCUGCUGGGGAACCUUGAGUUUUUGUCAUCGGUCUGACCCAAAACAGAGGACAGCACCAGGGACAUGCCAAAACCAUAACCACUGCCACUUAGAGUGCCAGUUUAAAUUGAUUUAUUAUGUUGGUGAAGUAUCUUUUUUAAAGGCCUCACACAUUGCACAUUAUUACUCAGUAGAAAUUUUAUAUUCCAAUUCUGUUCCUGCAGGUUGUGAAGUAAUCGCUGUGAAUACUCGCUCUACCAGUCAGACUUUCAUUUAUAAAUGUGAUGCUGUUCUCUGUACUCUCCCUCUGGGUGUACUAAAGCAACAGCCACCUGCUGUACAGUUUGUCCCUCCAUUGCCAGAGUGGAAGACCUCUGCAGUUCAAAGAAUGGGCUUUGGUAACUUAAACAAGGUAAUGGUAGCUGCCGACUUACAUGUUGAUACAUAUAUUUUUUUAAUAAAAUUACUUUUAAGAUGCUAACAAACAUCUUUUUUUCUUAGGUGGUACUUUGUUUUGACAGAGUAUUUUGGGAUCCAACCGUGAAUCUCUUUGGGCAUGUUGGUAGCACCACAGCUAGCAGAGGGGAGCUUUUCCUUUUUUGGAAUCUCUAUAAAGGUGUGUAAGAUUUUUAUUUUUACUGUCAGCAUCCUCAAGCUACUGUGGCAUUGCUGAGUGUGAAUUCCACUUGAUUUCUAGAUUUUAUGCCUGCUCCCCAUUACUCUUUAAUGGCAAGUGUAAGGAUGUGAUGCAUUUUCCAAAAUUAGUAUUGUCUAGAAGACAAAGUUCCUGUAACUUUUGAAUGCAAUGGAAUGUUGAAAACAUUCUCUAGUCUGUAUUUAUUUGUAUUAAUGAGAAACCUCUUUGUGGAAGUUACAGUACAAGCUUAAUGCAAUAAUGUGACUUAUUUAUUGUAAAAGACCACUAUAGUGCCAGGAAAACAUACUCGUUUUCCUGGCACUCUAGUGCCCUGAGGGUGCCCCCACCCUCAGGGACCGACUCCCGCCUGGCUCUGGAAGGGGGAAAGUAGUUAAAACUUACCUUUUUCCAGCGCUGGGCGGGGAGCUCUCUGCCUCCUCUCCUCCUCCGAUCCACCCCGUCGGCUGAAUGCGCACGCGCGGCAAGAGCAGCGCGCACAUUCAGCCGGUCGCAUAGGAAAGCAUUCAUAAUGCUUUUCUAUGGAUGCUUGCGUGCUCUCACUGUGAUUUUUCACAGUGAGAAGCACGCAAGCGCCUCUAGCGGCUGUCAAUGAGACAGCCACUAUAGGCUUUGGGGGAAGGCUUAACCCAUUGAUAAACAUAGCAGUUUCUCUGAAACUGCUAUGUUUAUAAAACAAUGGGUUAACCCUAGAAGGACCUGGCACCCAGACCACUUAAUUAAGCUGAAGUGGUCUGGGUGCCUAGAGUGGUCCUUUAAUGAUUUCAAACCAUUGGGAAUUGUUAUUGAAAUAAGGAAGACAUUGAAUGUGUGGAAUUAAAGAGAAGAAAACCAUUAAAAAAAAAAAAAAGCGCCAUAAAAGAGGGAUUAUUAGUAUCUGUAUUUCAUUUUGCUGUGUUUGAAAGUUUGUGUCUUUUAUUCUUUGUACCUCCUUGUGGCACGUGCAUGGUCUGGUACAGCUGCCUGUAAGCUAAAAGGAUGUUAAAAAGUGUGGAUUUAGGAAAUCCUGAAAAAAGGAUCUGUAAGAGCUUAAAGGAACUCUCAAAGCGCCAUAACCAUUACAGUACACUGUAGUAAUUAUGGAGCCAGGAGUGCCCUGACACACCUUACUGUAAAUAGUCAAACCAUUUUAGAAUGGGGUUCACUGGUGCCACUCUCUACUUUCACAAAUACCGACAGUAAGAAAUACCCAAAAAGGAGCUUCUUUUGGCCAUCCUGAACAAGGCAAUACAGAGCUAGCUCAGUGCCUGAGAGCAUUGGCUCUUCCUUCUCAGUUACUGAGCACUGUCUGGCUUAGGUUAGAAAGCUUCCUGCUCUCUCAUUUAAUUGAGGCAGGUAGUAGCACCAGCAGACUCCAGGUAAGCGGUCAGAUUUUUGUAAACCGUUGGAGUAUGCUGCGGCACUCCUGGCACCAUAACCACUGCUAUAUGCUGUACUGGUUAUGGUGUUUUGAUUGUUCCUAUAUGUUUUAUUGUACUAAAUGACAUGGAAACAAUGUGACACUUUUAUGUCCUUGCAAUUAUUUUCUUAAUAGCUCCAAUACUUCUGGCCUUGGUAGCUGGAGAAGCUGCAGGGAUCAUGGAAAAUAUCAGCGAUGACGUUAUAGUUGGACGCUGCUUGGCCAUCCUAAAAGGGAUAUUUGGCAGCGGUGCUGUUCCACAGGUAUUUAACCAGUCACCUAAUUUACCUUACCUGUGUUUAUUUAUAACUAAGUUUGUGUGUUACGGGCAUGUUGCCAAUUGGUUAAUGGUAGAUUAGUCUUUAAUUGUAUACAAUAUUACAUAUUGAACUGUGCAUGCUUUUGCACAAUACAUGUUACUGAAUUCAUAAAUGGAAACCAGAUGUACCUAACUCGUUUUAACAGGCAGAUCACGGUGUUUGUGUUUUUUUUUUUUUUGUUUUGUUUUUUAUAAAUCCCAUACUACGUCAUUGCAACUAUUCCCCUUUAUGAAGUGAUAAGGCACGGAUCACUUUUAUGCAAUCUAGGUACACUACUCUACGACAGAAUUGGAACAUACAUCUCCCAGUCUGCCUGGAAUUAGUGGGAGUUAACACUCCUGAGCAGCGACCACAUUUGACUUAGCUCCCAUUCUAUUAAUCUCAGAACUGGGACAUGUAUGAAAGGAAACACUAUAACUAUUAAAGUGGAUCUCUCUCUUUUGGGGGACUUAGCAUAUUUUGAAAAGACCUUCAAAGUUUACCUCUCCACAUGGGAUCCAGCGGCCUCAUGGAGUAUUGAAAAGUAGAUAUGCUUCAGUUGUCCUUAUUGCCACCAAUUCGAUGCUGAUUGAUUGCAGUAUUUUUCUGUGCAAUAGUCUCCCAAUGCUUUCCUGUGGGAAAGCAUUGGAUUGGCUGAGAUUAUCAAAUUUGAUGAUCCCAGCCAAGAAGGCGGAGCUAGCCACAAGACCAGUGUGGUGUGGAAAAAAUGUGAGUAAAAUAACUUUUUCUUAACUAGAGCCAACGGAGGUCAGGGACCUAAAAUGUGUUUUCAGAACUACAGUGUUCCUUUACGUAUAAAGCUACAUUGCACAGACUUUUUUUGGGGGGGGGAGGGCACAACAAUAUGUGCAUCAGAGCACUGUGAUAGCUGCUUUGAGGUUCUAAAUCAAAAGCUCCUGAAGAGCUGCUGUAGUCCAAGUUACGGAAUAAGAUAAGGAAACAUGGGAGUGUAAUUCAGUGUUUUUGUUUUGUUUUUUCAUAGUUAUGCAGAUUGCCCUGUUUGUCUCUGGUCAUUGUUUUCAUGGUUCAUUUCUUUCCUGUAGCCAAAAGAAACUGUUGUUAGUCGCUGGCGAGCUGACCCAUGGGCCCGUGGAUCUUAUUCAUAUGUAGCAGCUGGAUCUUCUGGGAAUGAUUAUGACUUGAUGGCUCAACCAAUCACUCCAGGGCCUGCUAUUCCUGGAGCACCACAGGUAAUGGCAAAGAAGAGUUGCAACUUUAUACUAACUAGGCAGUGUUACAUGUAAAAUAAAUAUAUAUAUUAUUUUUAUGGACUCUUAAUAUUGUAGCUUAAUCACUUGGUCAAAUCAUUUGAAGAUAAUCAUUGGUUGUAUUAAUGCAAAGCACUAGAAAAUAAUUUGUUGGCUGAAUCAUGUUGCCAAUGAAUCUUAUGUAUCAAGCAAAGUGCUACAAAUUUUUUUUUUUUUUUUUUAAUUCUUAAAAAUAUGUAAACUUGAAAUAUUUUUUUUAAAAGUACAGCAAUCACACAACCAAAUGCUCCUGCUUAUUGCUUGAUUUUUAGAACUUUGCCCCAGAAUUAGUGGACAGUUUUUGGUUUUAUUUAAAAAAAAAAAAAAAUUAUAUAGAUUUUAUUUAUGCAUUUAUUUUUUCACUUCCUCCAUUUAGCCAAUUCCACGACUGUUCUUUGCUGGCGAACACACAAUUCGAAACUAUCCAGCUACUGUUCAUGGAGCACUCCUGAGUGGAUUGAGAGAAGCUGGUCGUAUUGCGGACCAAUUCCUUGGUGUAAUCUAUAACCUACCUCGCCAGGGUACCCCUGGGGUGCCGCCUGCUGCUACGUUGUAGUUUCUGUACUGUGGAAUUACGAUUUAUGAAUUUUCAUUUGAAAAUGCCAUAUUUGCUGUGCAUUAAAUAUUCUGGCUGCUGGUCACCCUUACAAAAAAGCCCAUGACAGACUUACCAUCAAGAAGCAUUAACUUUGUUUUAUAGCAGACCAUGGCACCCUCAUGCAGUGGGACAUUGUUUAUUCACAUUAUUUGUUCUAGCACUAGCAUCAAAUUUUUUGCAUCAUGAAUUUUGCCUCCAAUGUUUCAAAUAAACAUUUUAUCUUGGCAUGAAUUAAUUGAUUCCCCCACACCCACUUUUUUAAUUACUGAUAUAGUUCAGUAGCUCAGUAAUUAAAUAUUGGAGUAUUGUGCAGUAUACAUUUUUAUUUAUUUUUUUCUUGCAUUUUGUUUAUUUGGUAUAGGAGAUUAUUUCCUUUUUAGUUAAAAUGCUGUAUUUUUAAUUCCCCUAUAAACCAGUGUUAGAUUCUGGAUAAUCCCAUGCUCAAUAUUAACAUGUCGUUGCCAAAUAAUUGCAUUUUUUUUUUCCUCUUAAAUGCAGAAACUUUUUUUUAUUUAAUUUUUUUUUUUUUUUUAGGUAUUCUCCUUUUUUACAUUUCCUAAUCUGGCUAAAAUACAAUAGUUUUUUUUUAUUUUUAAAACUAGGUAUCUUUAGCUAUGCUAAGUAUAAUAUUGUCUUAAGAACUGUACAGGAGUAAUUCACCACUGUAAAAGUGACUCUCCAGUGCAAUAUCCUGCCUUUUUUUUUUUGGUUUGUUUUCCUUCCCUCAUAGGGCGAGGUGUAGAUAAUUUACAUUCUUCUGUUUAAAGGGCCAGACCAUGAUGUAAUACCGUUAAGUAUACGGUGCUCCAGAAAAGCGGAUUGGCAGAAAACACAUUACAAGCAAUUCCAAAGUAUUUUUUAAUAGGCAAUGUUCUGGUACGUGGUAGGUGUUGAUGGAAUAGUGUUUUUGGUAUUGGCAGUGCAACCUGGACACCACCAGAGGAACCACAUUCUGGCCUGCAUGCUUUGGAUAACAUGGACCAAUUACAUUUCCCUUUUCUGGUGGAUGCCCCAGACAUUUCUUGUCAAACUGUCAUCAUAUUGUGAUUAAUGGAUGUGGAGGUUCUUUGUGACUUAUUUUUUAUGGGCUAAUAAAGUGUUCAUUUUUAUACAAUGCUAUAUUCUAUCCUGCAUUGUUGUGAGUGUGGUUUUUGUUUUUGCAAAGUAAACUUUUGGUAGCUCUAAAGACAGACCUUCCAAUAUCUGAUGCAUUAAAACAAAAAUAACUUAGACUUUUUCACAACAGUUUAGCACUUCAAAGUCUGUGAGAACACUUUCUAUACUGCAAAAUGUUUUAAACAGGUAAGUUGUUGUGACAAUUUUAGCUAUGACCAUUUUAGCUUUUAUUAAUGUGAAAGUGUAUCCUGGGCCUUAAAGGGACACUAUAGUCACCAGAGCAACUACAGCUUAUUGUAGUUGUUCUGGUGAGUAUAAUAGCUCCAUUCAGG